CCUGGUUUAUUUCGUGUUCUGAGGAGAGUGUGAGAAGGAGCCAUGGAUCCUGCAGCAUUGGUAGAAGCCGUUAUGGAAGAAGUGGCCUGUCCCAUCUGUAUGACCUUCCUGAGGGAGCCCGUGAGCAUCGACUGUGGCCACAGCUUCUGCCACAGUUGUCUCUCUCGACUCUGGGGGGUCCCAGGAGAAUCUGAGAACUGUGGUUACACAUGUCCUCUCUGCCGGGCUGCUGUGCAGCCAAGGAACCUGCGGCCUAAUUGGCAGCUGGCCAGUGUUGUAGAAAAAGUCCGUCUGCUAGGGCUGCACCCAGGAAUGGGGUGGAAGGGGGAUGUUUGUGAGCUCCACAGGGAACAGCUGAAGAUGUUCUGCAAAGAGGAUGGCCUGAUCAUGUGUGAGGCCUGCAGCCGGUUCCCCGAGCAUGAGACCCACAGUGUCGUGCCCAUGGAGGAUGUCACCUGGGAGUAUAAGUGGAAACUGCAUGAGGCUCUGGAACAUCUGAGGAAAGAGCAAGAAGAGGCCUGGAAGCUGGAAGUUGGUGAGAGGAAACGAACUGCCAACUGGAAGAUACAGGUGGAAACCCGAAAGCAGAGUAUCAUGUGGGAGUUUGAGAAGUAUCGGCGAUUACUACAGAAAAACCAGCCACCAGGGCGGCGGCUGGAGGUAGAGGCAGCUGCAGCUCUGGCCAGCCUAGAGCAGGAGGAGGGGGAGACCAUGCAAAAACUGGAGAUGAAUCACAAUGAGCUCCUGCAGCAGAGCCGGGUCCUGUGGAGGAUGAUUGCGGAGCUGGAAGAGAGGUCUCAGAGGCCUGUCCGCUGGAUGCUGCAGGGUAUUCAGGAAGUCUUAAACAGGAGCAAGUCUUGGAGCCUGCAGCGGCCAGAACCAGUCUCCUUGGAACUGAAGACGGAUUGCCGUGUGCUGGGGCUAAGAGAGGUCCUGAAGACAUAUGCAGCUGACGUGCGCCUGGAUCCAGACACUGCUUAUUCCCGCCUCAUCGUGUCUGAGGACAGAAAAUGUGUGCGCUAUGGAGACACCAAGCAGAAACUGCCAGACAAUCCUGAGCGAUUUUACCGCUACAACAUUGUUUUGGGCAGCCAGUGCAUCUCCUCAGGCCGCCACUACUGGGAGGUGGAGGUGGGAGACAGGUCUGAAUGGGGCCUGGGCGUGUGUAAGGAAAAUGUAGAUCGGAAGGAGGUGGUCUAUUUAUCCCCCCACUAUGGAUUCUGGGUGAUAAGGCUGAGGAAGGGAAAUGAGUACCGGGCAGGCACUGAUGAAUACCCCCUCCUGUCCUUGCCAGUCCCUCCCCGCCGGGUGGGAGUCUUCCUGGAUUAUGAGGCCCAUGAUAUCUCCUUCUACAAUGUGACUGACAAUGGCUCCCACAUUUUUACUUUCCCCCACUAUCCCUUCCCUGGGCGCCUCCUACCCUAUUUUAGUCCUUGCUACAGCAUUGGUGCCAACAACACCGCUCCUCUGACCAUUUGCUCCCUGGAUGGGGACGACUGAGAGAGGCCCCAUCCUAGCCAGAGGCCUUGGAAUUUCACCUGGACUGCAGGAAUUUUGGAGAGCCCUGCCAAGGACAAGGGUCCCCUUGAACUGAGCUGAG